AUGGUCUACUCGCCUUUCUAUGUUGGCGCCGGGCCAGAUCAAGAGGGGCAAAGUUCAGAGAGCAAAGUCAGGCUCAGCAACAUGGCAGGAUUACUGAAAUUCGGAAAGUUGGCCAUGGUGCACCAUUCUCAUGAGCGGUUUUCGGCAAGUUUAAGAGCCUGGCAGGCGGCCGUAGAGACCAGAAAGGACGACAUGUACCAAAUGUCUUAUAAAGCCAAGGUUCCAGACUCCAUCCUGUGUGAGCCGGGAACCGACCUGCGUGUGCUGGGGAUCGGGAGUGGAUCAGGGGAGGCCGAUAGCGUCAUAUUAAAGAAGCUUCUACAGCGCCACAGCAGUGUGUACAACCACAGGGUUGUGGAACCGUCGGGAGAAUUGCUUACGCGAUACAAGGUGAGGAUCGUCUGA